ACGAUCCUGCCCGUGAGCAAUCUCCCAACUCAUCUCUGCAGAGCUUUUCGCUAUUUCAAUCUUUUCCUGGGAACGUUUGACUCAACACCAGAAGUUACUGAAACAAUGUCCAUUCAAAUAUCACCUGCUCUUCAUACACCUCUUACGGAUCUAGGUGGUGGGAUGAUACACGCUCAAAAUGGUUCAUGUGCCAUAUUUGAACAAAAUGUGCUCAGGUGCUUUGACGCUUAUGGGUUUAAACUCGCACCAAAAAAAUGUCCAGAUAUGUUUGAUGAUUUACAUGAAUGCAUUUAUAAAGGUAAACAGUUACGACGAAUAGAGUUAAUGACAAAAGAACGAAAUCGACAAAUUAAAGGAGGCGAACUUCAGGGUUCUGAUAAAUAUAUUCCUAGUAUUGGGAUAGACGGACUUUAAUCUGUUUUAAGUAAUCGUCAGGUACAAUUUGUGAAUUAGAAUAUCGAUGUACCUUUUAGAGGAUCAGUAAAGUACUUUGAACUUA